AUGGUUUACGAACUACCCUUCCAACCGUUUCCAGCAAGUAAGAGUUGGCUCUAAACUGUCUAUGCCAACUGCUGUAAUAUCAGCAGUAGUACAGGGCUCCAUCGUUGGUGCUCUGCUAUUCCUAAAUGCUCAUUAAUGACCUUCCUACCGUUGUAGACCUACCGGCUGAUACUAUCCUCUUUGCCGAUGAUUGUACCCUCAUCUGAUUGUACAUCUCAUCCAAAUAAAAUCAGUGAUUGGCGCAGCUCCAAUCUUAUGACUCUAAACUCAUCAAAAUGCGCGUGGAUGUUCGUUUCCAAUAGCCCUGAUAUGGCAAAUGAUUUCAAAUUUACCUUACCAGAUGGCUCUAACAUAAAGCGCGAGAAAAGCCUUAUUUUACUACGGCUCGAAAUAAGUUGUAAACUGAGAUGGUGAGUUCAUAUAGAAAAUCUUGUUCGAACCUGUCGGCAACGCCUUGGAGCUAUGUACAGACAGUUUAAACAAGCACCCUCUCAUAUUUGUCUUCAAAUCUAUAAGAAUUGUAUGCUCAGUAAGCUAGAUUAUGCCGGUACCUAAUAUGACACCACUUUCACGGCUCAUGUGUCUCGUCUUGAGUCCAUCCAAUAUCUAGCAGCCCAUAUGGUUACUCCAAACUUUUCUACUCCUAGUUAGAAUUUAGUUAGGAGAUUGAAUCUACCUUUACUUCAGGUAAAGCGAAAAUACUUUCGUCUUAUCUAUUUUUUCAAAAUCCUUAACAGCCUCUCUCCUUUAUCUAGACUAAACCUUAUCCAAUACAACCAGUCUAGAAGAUCAAGCCGUCUUAAUCAUUCGGGAACAGUAGAAACUUCCUUUGCUAGAACAGAAACCGUUCUCCAAUCAUUUAUCUGCCAAACAGCCCGAGACUGGAAUUUAACCUUUCCCGAAGCUGUACAGCUCACGAACUAUCUUGAGCUUUAAUCGUUUUAAAAUAAGGUGGCAAAGUUUAUAGAUUCUCAGAACUGUUUUUGCCUUCCCAGUAGAUUGUUUUUGUUUAUGUAAAGAUGUAUAUUUGUGUUCCUUUUUUUGUUUUCACUAUCUAUCAUCUACUUGUGGCUACUAAAAUAUAAAUCAACCAAUCAAAAAAAACCCACUUAGUGGACAAAGUUACCCAACUCUGCCACUUACCUAUUUGGUGUUAUUCUUAUUAUCGUUUUAUCUCGAAGAUAAAACGAUGGAAAGCGAAACUCUUAUCAAACAUAUGAUCCUGAAAACGUUCAAAUAUUAUUUUGAAUCAAAUGUGGGUAUACUUCAAAAAAAAUGUCAUAUUGGUAAGUAAGACUUGCUAAACUCGGAAGAUAACUUCAGAUGCAUAAUGAUGCAGAAAAAAGACCUGUUAAUCGUCAUAUUUUCAUAUCUGAUCCAUGGUAGGAAAUGUAGCGUAUUCAGCAUAUAGCUUAGAAGAAGGUCCGUCAUGGAACUGAACAUAGCUAACAUUGAAAAACACGAAUUCUUUCUAGCUAUAAUCAUUCGAUUCUCAGUUCCAUUCUUCAAACCAUUAAAUCAAACGAAAAGUUUUUGAGAAAAACUUUUCACCCUAUUUUUAAAAAAUCAAUAACACAGAUUGGUUUCGACACACCAAUCUACUGUGGCAAAGACUAGUCAGGUACACCACCUGAGAUAAUGUUUUAAACUUUAUGAUGCAGGAUCAUUUUUUCAGGACUUAGGUACAAGCUGGUAAAAGCCGCAAGCCUCUAUCUCUUUUGUUUGAACUUUUUUCAUAAAACAAGAGGCGCCACUGCUUUUUGAAAUAGAUAAUGGUAGUUUAAUAAACACUUUCCAUGAAGAAACAGCUUUAAAAUAUGACUAAUUUUGACUAGGCCUCAGCUUUACCUGACCCAAAAGUACACGAUUUUAUGUCUCUAGAAGAUAAAGUCGAAGCAGAAAAGUUCAUCGAAGACGAGUUAAACAAAAUGACUAUAUUGCAGUAAGAAUUAAAAUUCACUAGAAUUUAAAAUUCCGCUGGUGGAGAGUAAAAUUUUGAUCUCUGCUAGUGAAAGGUAAACUGCAGAUGCCUACGCAUAGUCUACAGUAUGUAUUCUAGGCAAAGUAGGUUUUAAAGUGUAAGACUGUGCUUACGGACAUCCAGAACGGAAUGAGAACAUCUGAGGAAUUGCAAGAUAUGAAAGUGAGUGAAAAGACAAUAUCCCAUGUGAUAUGGUCGGACACAUUCGUAAAAAGCUGUAAAUAAAACUUAGGAGAGAGAAAAACUUGAGACUACGAGAAAUUGAUGAUUACAGAAGUGCACUCAGUGGUGAUAAAUCUAAAACGUCCCACCCCUAAAGUUAUUAGCAUCCUACUUCCAUAUUCUCCAAACGUUCCAUUUUUGUACUUCCGCAGAAACAAUAUCCAUUUAUCUCGCUCUUCAUUUCUCAAAUCAAAAGUACUUUGUCAGUUGGAAAAUACCGCGUUGCAUCAUCAUCUGAAAUCACUGUUGCGUAUCAUUCUUCUUUCGUUAUAUAGCGUGACAUACUUGUUUUAAUGUUCUCAUAAAUACACAGUACACGAUACAACAACAACAACAGAAAUUAAUAAUCGACAUAAGUAAAAUUGUUUUACAUAAACUAAUUUACAUAAAAAAAUUGUUUUAAUUUAUUUUGAUGAAAAAGAAAAUUGUCAUUCAGCAUUAAAACUUUAUCAGAAAUCAUUAGAAUUCCAUCAAUUAAGGACACCGCGGGCCGGGGGGGGGGGGGGGGGGGGGCGGGGGGGGCGGGGGGGGGGGGGGGGGGGGGGGGGGGGGG